AAAAUCAAUGAGAGUUGUACUCAAAGUACUCCUCCACUAAGACCUCAAUCUCACAUCUCUCUCCCCAAAAUCCCCAAAAUUUACCCUGUUUUUCUACUUCGUUUCCAGAAAGAAAGAUUCAGUUUUGAGCGAAUGAUGGGCGUGAAUUCAAAUCCAUAUUCGUUUCUUGAAACGGAAAGUGAGAAUGAGAGUUAAGAAAUUCAAUGCCCAUCAGAUUUUUUUCUUUUUUUUCCUUGGAAAAGUGAAGAUUGUAUUUCUCUUGAAUUAUAGAUUGCGUUCUUCGCUCCAAAUUUGCCUUUUGGGGAGUGGAAGAGCAAACCCGUGAUUUGUUUUCUUUUUUCUCGUUGUACGAAAAUCAAAACCCAUAAAUUUUUCUCAGUAAUUUAUAAAACUUGGGGUGAUGGAGCAGAGCGAAGCGGCGGCGCCGGUGGUGAGGCAGUUGGACUUUUCUGUUAGCUAUAAUGCUUCGACGAAAGCCAAUGCAUUGGCCAAGGGUAUUUUGAUAUUGCCUGAGCAUCCGCAGGCUCAAUUGCAGUCCAAGUUGCUGGCUUUAGCACAAUCCCAACACUUGCAUGCACGUGCAAGUUCUUCAUCGCAGCCGCAAAAUAAACGGCCGCCACGGAAAGUGCCGCCUCAAGAACUUCCUCACAUGGUGGGGCUACUGAAAUCAAAACCAAUAGCCCCACGGCUGGCUCACCCCGUGAAGCCAGUGAAGACAGAGUCCCCAAAAUCACGAGAGAGGUGUAAUAUAGAACCGAAGGAUAGCACUCCCAAGAAGCAGAAGCAAUGCAACUGUAAAAAUUCUAGAUGCUUGAAGUUGUAUUGUGAGUGUUUUGCUGCUGGUAGUUACUGUGAUAACUGUAACUGCAUCAACUGUCACAACAAAAUAGAACAUGAGGCUGAUAGGAAGGGAUCGAUUGACGCAAUUCUAGAGAGAAAUCCCAAUGCGUUUACACCAAAGAUAGCUAAUAGUCCACAUGGAGCUACAGAUGGUGGGGUAGAGCACAAGAAAGGAUGCAAUUGCAAGAAAUCUGGGUGCCUCAAGAGGUACUGUGAGUGCUUCCAGGCGAAUAUUCUAUGCUCUGACAAAUGUAAAUGCAUGGACUGCAAAAACUUUGAAGGAAGUGAAGAAAAGAAAGCUCUUUCUCAGGGGCAUCCUGAACAUCAAUUGAUGUCCAUCCAACAAGCAGCCAAUGCAGCCAUCAAUGGAGCCAUUGGGACCCCACCAAGCAGGAAGAGUAGAAAUCACCAAAUCGAUUUCAGGGAAACUUGCUCCACAUCCUAUGCCUCUUGUUCGCCAUUAUCUGUUCAUGUUUCUAAACUUGCCUCUUCAAUGACAUUGGAAUCUUCCAAACCCUCUUACAGGGCUCCUUUAGCUGGAAUUCUCCAGUUACAACAUGUGAAGGACUUUUGCAGACUCUUGGUUGAAGUUUCCGCAGAAGCAGCCAAGAGUCUUUCAGAAGAAAAGAAAAUGAUCAACAGUGGCAUAGAUGUGAAUGUGACCGAAACUUCAGUUGCUUCAUCACAUGAAGAUGGUAAAGGCGAUCAAAAUGAACAUGAUUCUCUGGGAUUAUGUGGAAACCAAGAAAAUGGGCUUCAAAUUUUGUUGUCUGAAUCCGAUGGCUCUUGUAUUCGAAACAGAAGACCAUUGUCCCCAGAAACUCUCGCAUUAAUGUGCGAUGAAGAGGAUACAGUAUUUUUGUCCACUAGCACCCCACCUACAACCACACAGUCCACCCUCGGCCUCAAUCCUUUCUAUGUUGAACAAGAAAGGCUUGUACUAAUGAGGUUUCGCAGUUUUUUGAACAGACUCAUCACGUGUGGCUGCAUAGAAGAAACAAAAAUAGGACGAGAAGCCGACUAGGACUCGUGCAGCUAUCUAUCUGCUGACUGAUGAACACAUACAGAUUCCAAAGUUCUGUCUGAGUUGAAAAACUGGACAAUAUUACUGCAGGAGUAAUGUAGCUUUGAGUAGAAGCUGGCAAUUUUGGGUCCUAAUAUAGGGGACUGGUGAUGCAACAACUUUUCUAUUUUCUUGGUUCUUGUGUUAUAUAAUUGCUAAUCAGCAGACUCUUGUAUGUAGCAAUAAUCAGGGUUGUAUUAGAUUAGAAAAAAAAAAGAAAAAAAAGGGUCAGGGUUGUCUAUUUUACUUUGAAAUGAAAAAUUCCUUCUUCACCAAUCACCAUAUGUACGUAUGUUUGGAAGAAAGGUUGAGGGUAAUUGUUAUUAAACAAUUAUAAGGUCUUUUUUCUGCAACUGUAUCCAGAUUGUCAGUCACUCGCUACAUAUGAUUCAUACGAUCUCAAA